AUGCUGCUGUGAACAACUAAGUUGCUCUUUGUGCUGGCGUUCGCCUCCUGGGCUAUGGCUCUACAUGGCCUCUGCAGGGCCCGAACGCAGUAACCGAGGCCCUAAGCAGGAGAAGAGCUUCAGGUUCACGUCAGGCAGCCCGCAGGGAGGGAGAGUCCUCCCGCGACGGGCCUGUCCCCUCACUCAGCAGCAGGUGAAACCUGUCUGGAACAUAGAAGGGAAGCAUGUGAGUACUUUCCAGGAUCACAGCCCGCUGCUCUCAGGGAUCAGUCCGCAGCAAUCCUGCUUCUUGCACCCGCCACCGCUAUGCGACACAUGCCCUGGUGAAGGCGCUUUCCCGAGCCUGCCCUCGGCCCAGCCCUGCCCGGCUCUCGGUGGGAGCUCUCUGAUCUAUCGGCGCUUCAGCCUCAGAUCCAAGCCCUACCGGUUUCCUUUUCGAAGCUCCCUGGACACCAGCCCUGCCACAGGAAGAGAGAUGUCCUCCCUGCUGAUAGAGCCCUGCUUGUUGCCUGCACAGGAGCGGCCUGGGCCUGAGGCAAAAGGCUCUGCCCUUGGCUCAGGUAAGCAGCCUUCCAGCCCAUACAGACCAGUGCUCAAUAAUAAUUCCUUCCUACGGCCAAGCAAUACUCAAGUGCCUUUGCCGCAGCCUCCGGAGAUCAAGAAACUGAAAAACAUCCACAGCUUUCCUGCUGUCUGCUGGCCCCACUCUGGAGAUGGGGGGGACUGCCCCCCGCCGAGCCUUGUGAACAUAGCAGUGAAGAACAACCUUGUUUCGGAGCAAACCCUCUCCUCCCUGACCCCGGUGCCCAGCCGCGUGAUCCUCAGGAAGGACUAUUGUUCCUGGCCGCUGGAGGAUGCUGAAGGGAGACUGCAGAGUGCAGAGGACAAGAGGCCAGAGAUCAAGCUCACGGAGAGUGUGCAGAAGCUUGCUGGACAGGUCAUUGUGGGCGAUAGCUUGAGACAUGGAGUGCGAGGCCCUCGCCUUAUGGACGCGGACAGCUCGUCCCCUAGGAAGAGCCGGUGGGGACAGCACAUCAUAGCACAGCUCACCCCAAAAGAAAGCAUUGCUCCCCUGAACCUAGAGAUGGGUAGCCAUUGCCUUAAUGGUAACUCGAGCCUUACAGGCACUGAGCGUGCCGUUGUCUGCACUAAACGGAUCAGUGUUCAUCUCCUAGCCCCCCGCACCGGCCCCUCCGAGCGCAGUGCUGGCUGCAAGCUGCUGGAUGCCCUUGCCCUGCGCGGUGGGGACCAGGCAGCAAGAGCAGAGCCUCCCCACCUUGCUGCUGUCUCUGAAGUAGCAUCUCAGAUAUCCACCAUCCAACUGGAGAAAAAAGCGAACUGCUCCCGGGCUGUUCUUCCAGAAAAACUUGAUGUCCCUGCUGAGCAGUUGCCGCUGGAGCUGAGCCGUCCUGAGGUGCUGAGCCAUCCCAAGAGGGAAGCGGAGGAGGAGCUUCCUGAUGCCUUGGAUGAGAACUUCAGCCAAGAGGAGGAGGAAGAGGAUAGUGAAUCAGAUACUUCUGCUGUUGCUGGUCUGUCUCCCGACAGCUCGGUGGCUUUUAUUUCCAGGAACUAUGUCAAGUGCCUGACCCCACCAGUUGAGGCUCAGGAGCAGGUGCUCAAACCAGCUCUUGUUUGCAGUUUAUUCCCUAAUGUGCCUCCAACCAUCUACUUCAGUACUCGGGAUGAGAGAGUGGAAAAGCUGCCCUGGGAGCAGAGGAAGCUGUUGCGGUGGAAGAUGAGCACGGUCACACCAAACAUUGUGAAGCAAACCAUUGGCAGAUCCCACUUCAAAGUCAGCAAGAAAAGCAAUGACUGGCUGGGCUGCUGGGGCCACCACAUGAAAUCAUCCAACUUCCGGACCAUCAGGGAGCACCAGAAGCUAAACCACUUCCCUGGUUCAUUUCAAAUUGGGAGAAAGGACCGUCUGUGGCGCAACCUGUUGAAGAUGCAGACUCGCUUUGGGAAGAAGGAGUUUAACUUUUUUCCCCAGUCCUUCAUCCUGCCCCAGGACAUCAAGCUGCUGCGGAAGGCGUGGGAGGAGGGAGCUAGCCGCCAGAAAUGGAUCGUGAAACCACCAGCAUCAGCGAGAGGCAUUGGCAUCCAGGUCAUCCACAAAUGGAGCCAACUCCCCAAAAAGAGACCGCUGCUGGUGCAGAGAUAUCUGCACAAACCCUACCUCAUUGGCGGGAGCAAGUUUGACCUGAGGAUCUACGUUUAUGUCACUUGCUACGAUCCCCUCAGGGUCUACCUGUUCAAGGACGGAUUGGUUCGCUUUGCUAGCUGCAAGUACUCCUCCUCAAUGAAGAGCCUCAGCAACAAGUUCAUGCACUUGACCAACUACAGUGUGAACAAGAAGAAUACAGAGUACAAGUCCAACUCGGAUGAGAGUGCUUGUCAGGGACACAAAUGGGCUCUCAAAGCACUCUGGAGCUAUCUGACCCAGAAGGGAAUUAACAGCGAGGCCAUCUGGGAGAAGAUUAAAGACAUCGUUAUUAAAACCAUCAUUGCAUCUGAGACCUAUGUGAACAGCCUGGUGAAGAUGUAUGUGCGGCGCCCAUAUUGCUGCCAUGAGCUGUUUGGGUUUGAUAUCAUGCUGGAUGAAAAUCUCAAGCCCUGGAUCCUAGAAGUCAACAUUUCCCCCAGCCUCCACUCAAACACCCCUCUGGAUGUGAGCAUCAAGGGCCAGAUGAUCCGGGACCUCCUCAACCUUGCUGGCUUUGUCCUGCCCAGCACACACAAGACAGCCUCCAGGCCAGGAACUGGAAGCAGCUCUACCUCCAGUCUGGGCAGUGCUGUGAAGGAGAAGUCCAAGUCAGCUUCUGAGCUCUUCAUAGCAGAGAAGAUGAAGAAAGCUUUUUACUUGACACAGAAGGAACCUAAUCAGGAUUUUUAUUCUUCCGUGCUGGACGUCCUGACCCCGGAUGAUGUCCGCAUCCUCGUGGAGACAGAGGACGAGUAUUCCCGGCGCGGGCAGUUUGAGCGGGUGUUCCCCACACACAUCUCCACGCGGUACCUGCACUUCUUUGAACAGCCUCGGUACUUCAACAUCCUGGCCAUCCAGUGGGAGCUCAAAUACUACUUGGACAAACACAAAGGUCUGGAGCUACUGAGGAACUGGUGUGACAAAGGAUAUCACACUGGAGCAGGAGCAGAUUUGGCCCAGAUGGUGAGUUGGGCUGUGGGUGAAUUAGAGAGAGGUUGUUCUCUGCCUGCUCUCAAUGCUUGGUCCCUGCUGAAGUCUGUAUUCCUCCAGAAGAACAUCGUUCAGUUAAACGGCUUCAGCAAGCUGGAACUGGGCAGACUGGGCAAACUCCUCCCUUCAGGAGAGGAUGAGGAGACCACGGGCAGCCCGGGGCGCCGCCGCGCACAGAGUUUACCCCUCGACAAGUGCACUGGUGAAGCCGGCCAGAAAUCUGCUGGCUGCCUCUCAGACACUGCCCUGGUGAUGUGAUUAGGCAGCCACCGUCCCUCCUUGGGGACACCUGAACCUACCUCAAAGGAAGAGACAGGAGCUGACUCCAGAGACUGUGGGAGCCCCUUGCACUGCACACUUGCUUAUGGGCUGUUUUUAAGAGAGGGAUAUUUUACUGGGCAAAGGGAAGAGCUGUUUAGCUUCAGACUUUUAAAACACAAGAAAUCUCCUGAUGGCAAAAGGCUGAGGAAGUCUGGUUCGUCUGGCCUUUGUCUUGGGCUUUUGUUGCAGCCUGGUGUGGUGGCAGCUUCCCUGCUGCGUGGGAGCUGGCUGAGCUUGGGGCCAGCCUGGCUUUC